GAGGACGUCUGGGAUCCGGGCUGCAUCGGGGCUAAAGAUUCAUAAUCUCUGGAUUUUGGAUCAAAGGUCUCAGGAUGAUCCGCGCUCUACCGAGUACCGUUGUCUACUUGCUCCAGACUGGACAUUGCGCCCCCGCGCAUGGGCUGCCCUCCUGCUCCGUCACGUCAUCCCGGCCCACUGUGGUGCUAGAGAACAUCAUCCCGCGCAUAUCUAUCACGGAGGCCAGGCACCGUAGACGCGGGGUCAUGCACUCUCUGUCGGUCGGCGUCUUUUAAAGCGCGUUGAUCGCCUAGGUUUCUAGCUUAAAAUACUAACUUUCUCUCUCUGUCUCCUCCCCCGAACACCCUCAAUCAAACUCUUAUGAUCUCUGUAAAAUAACAAUAACCAACUCCUCCAACCUCCCAAAAUGACUACUACCAACGAUGCAUCCACGCGCCCACGCAAAUCGCUCAUCCUCAAUGCAUUUGUAGAAAUGUGCAGCGGGCACCAAUCCCCGGGACUCUGGCGACACCCCGAGGAUGAGUCGCACCGAUUCAACGACAUCGAGCACUGGACGGAGCUAGCACAAUUACUGGAAUCCGCAAAGUUCCACGGCAUUUUCAUCGCCGAUGUGCUAGGUGGCUACGACGUCUACAAGGGCCCCCGCAACCUCGACCCGGCCAUCAUUUCCGGCGCGCAAUGGCCUGUCAACGAGCCAUUAUCCGUGGUGCCUGCCAUGGCCGCAGUGACUAAGAACAUCGGGUUCGGGGUCACUGUCACGACGACCUACGAGCAGCCGUUUCACCUUGCAAGACGUCUGUCCACGAUCGACCACCUGACUAAGGGACGGAUAGGAUGGAAUAUCGUCACCGGAUACCUCGAUUCCGCGGCCCGCAACCUCGGCCACACCCAACAGCCCCAACACGACGACCGCUACGCCCAAGCCGAAGAAUACAUAAAAGUGACCUACAAACUCUGGGAAUCCUCCUGGCGAUCCGACGCCGUUGUCCUCGACCGCACGCGAGGAAUCUACACCGACCCCAGCCUCGUACGCGAAAUCAACCACACCGGAAAAUACUUCAGCGUGCCAGGCCCGCACAUCUGCCAACCCAGCCCGCAACGCACGCCCGUGAUCCUGCAAGCCGGGACGUCCAAAGCCGGGAAGGCGUUCGCGGCGCAACACGCCGAGGCGAUCUUCGUCGCGGGCCACAGUCCGUCCGUGGUGGCCAAGAACGUGGCGGAGAUCCGCGAGUUGGCGAGGUCGCAGUUCGGACGCGAUCCGGCGAGUAUCAAGUUCCUGGCACUGCUGUGUCCGGUGCUGGGACGGACGGAGGAGGAGGCGUGGGAGAAGUUUCGCUAUUAUCGCAGUCUGGGGUCGAUUGAUGGGGCGUUGGCGCUGUUUGGCGGCUGGACCGGGAUUGAUCUGGAUCGGUAUGGCGAGGAGGAGGAGUUGAGGCAUGUGGAGAGUAAUGCUAUUCGCUCCGCAGUCGAAGGCUGGUCCAAAGCCACGCCGGAGGUCGAGAAAUGGACCAAAAAGACGGUAGGCGAGCACAUCACCGUCGGGGGACUGGGCGCAACGCCAGUGGGAACAGCGCAGCAGGUAGCCGACCAGAUGGAGAAAUGGGUGAACGAGGCGGACGUGGACGGGUUUAACCUGGCAUAUGCGAUCAAGCCCGGUUCGUUCAAGGACGUCAUCGAGCUGCUGAUCCCUGAGCUCCGUAAGCGGGGCCUUUUCUGGGAUGAUUAUGCGGUCAAUAAGGGCACCUACCGCGAGAACCUCUAUGGGAAGGCGGGACAGAGUGGUCCGCCGGCUGAUCAUCCGGCCGCGAAGUAUCGCUGGAAUGCGGGUGUUAAGGCGGAGGAGCAUGUUAUUCCGGAGAAUUAG